AUGGGUCGCGGCAAACUGAAGAUGGAGUUGAUUGAGGAGGAGAAAUCAAGAAUCCUUACUAUGAAGAAGCGAAAGAAAUGGCUAAUCAAGAAACUCCACCAACUCACCACGCUCUGCGACGUCCCCCCAUGCAUGAUCUUCCACGACCCCACCACCAAUUCCACCUCAGUCUGGCCGGAGGAGGAUCCCGACCAGGUCUGCAGCCUCAUCGAAGCCUACAAGGCCAAGAAAAAUGACUCCAGUGGCGGAGUAAGGGAGUACUUGCUGUCGAAUUUCUUCGACCAGUGGCAGAGGCAAGCCGAGGAGAAGCUCGAGAAGUUGCGGAAGAAGAAUGUGGAGGGCAUGUUUCCGACAUGGGACGAUCGCCUCAACUUCAUGGAUGAGGCCUAG